CACUCCCCCCGCCUCUCUCUUCGUCACAUCAGGGUUUUCCGUCGAUCUGCGCGGAUUUGGCUUAUUUAUUUAAUUACUCGUUAUAUAAUACGCACUGACUUAAAACACACGCACUCACUCCCUGACCGUCCUCAGCCUACUUACGGAACAGAUGCACUAGUCGUCUUAACAGACCUGAGGCAACAGCGCUGACCUGAAUUUCCCCCAGACCUGUUUCCCAAACUGAGGCGGGCUAACAGAUACACAGGAAGACAGACAGCAGUGUCAGCAGCUACAUCUACAACAUCCCCCCACCCCUAAAUCGUCCUCUUCUUUAUCACAUCUGACAUGGCGGACCCCAGUCUCACAUCGCCCUCUGGGACCCCUCUGCGCUCCCCCAGCAGCUCUGUCACCCUGUCCUUCCCCUUCUUGAGCGAGAGGAGCCGGGUGUGGGAGGAAGGAAGGGAGCAGCCCCUGCCGCGAGAACUGCCCAGCCCACUGCCGACCAAACGCACCCGCACAUACUCUGCCACUGUGCGCGCUCACUCAGGUCCAGUUUUUAAAGGAGUGUGUAAGAACUUCUCCAGGUCACAAGGUCACGGUUUCAUCCAACCUUCCCACGGCGGUGAAGACAUCUUUGUUCACAUCUCAGACAUCGAGGGGGAAUACGUCCCAGUUGAGGGAGAUGAAGUCACAUACAAAGUAUGCCGGGUCCCGCCCAAAAACCUGAAGGUGCAGGCGGUGGAGGUGAAGAUCACACACCUCAAGCCAGGAACGAAACAUGAGACCUGGUCUGGGCAGAUCAUCAGCUCGUAGGGAGAGAGCUGUGGGCCUGUUGGGCUGCACUGGACUGGAUUUGGUGUGCGCUGAAAGAGGUGCUCUGGGACUGACACUUUUUUUUUAAAAGGUUUUCCUUUCACAGAAAACAUGCCCGGUGUUAAUAAGAGUCAAUAAUGAAGUUGUUGUGUCUACCCUACAGAGCUGACAUGUCCUGUUCAAAAGUGUCCACUGCUGUCAUGAAUUUUGUUUGGGAUUGUAAACUGACCUGUGAGAGCUUUGAAAGGAUGGGUCUGUAAAGGAUGAAAAAGUAGAAAAGACAUCAUGCUGUUAUAUUAUUCUGAAAACUGACAUAAGUGAGGCGUAAACUGAGGAGAGAAAGUUGAACAACAGGCUAGAUUUGGUUUUACUUCCCCUGAUAGCAGCUCACCAAAGUUUCAGGGAUCACAUGUCUGGGUCAGAUCACUUAUCACAACAUACUCACAUGUCCAACUUUGAACAGAUGAGUAGGAACUUCAUAUUCAAUGUGUUAAAAUAUUAAAAAAAAUAUUAAGAGUAUUAAGUCUGAAAAGAUCUAAAGAAGUUAAAACUGGUUUAGCAUUAAAAGCCCACAAAAAUCUAAAUCCCUACAAAUCUUACAGUAGCUACUUCCAUAUUUGCACCCAUGACAGGACCUCCUUUUUGUUUCAGAUCACCAUUUUAAGACACACAACUGAGAGGGAAAUGUUCUUCUGUGUUAUUGUCAAUGUUAGAGUAAACUUUUAAAUGUUGUCUGUUGUGAUGGGAGACCGAGGCAGACAAGAUCAAACAUUAACAUUUCAAAAAUAUGAAAUAUAUACAGGUUAUUGCAAGCGUUUCCUUUAAGAAUAACCACCUUUUACUGUAUUGUCUCGUUUGUGGUCACUUCAUUUUAUCGUUCGCUUGUUGGUUUGUUUGUGCGUCUGUAUGUCAGACCGCAGGCUUUGUUUUUCAAUAAUGCAGUUAAAAGU